UUCUUUUGCUUCUUCUGUGAAUCAUGGUGUGAAGAGGAAGGAAGUCUUUCAAUGCUGUUUGGUGUCUUUUCGGCUAACUACAUGAACUGGAACCACAGACUAGAAGUCAGAACAGCUUCCUUCUCUACACUAACUUGUAUUGCUAUGGUUAAUGAAUCUUAUUCAUAGAGUUUUGCUUGUAUGUCGUUUUUAAUUGUUUAUUUGUUUUUUUAUUCAGGUGUGUUUAAAUAUCUCCCAGAACAACAUAGUGAGAGAGGAGAGGAAUCACUAUGAAUAGAUCAGCAGCAAGAGGAUUUCUAGCUUUCCUUCUAUCAGUACCAGUGCUUCAGGGUAAUGGUGACUGGACAGUUACGUACUCAUCUAGUAAUGUCUGUGCUUUAAGAGGAGCAACGGUUGACAUCAUCUGCACUUAUGAAUACCCUGACAACGUACAGUACCUCCCUAACACAGUCAGAACACUGUGGUUUACUAAAGGAGACAAGUAUCAGCCAGUUGAUUUGCUAAGUGAUUCAGACUAUACAGGUCGUGUUGAAUCCAGCUGUGGAGAGGUCAGCUGUACCGGGUCCAGAUGUCAUGGAACAUGUACCCUGAGAAUCGGAGACCUGAGACAGAGUGACUCUGCUGUCUACAAGUUUAGGUUCACAACAAACCAACCAGGAGGGGAAUAUACUGGUGACCCUGGAGUGAUGUUAUCUGUAACAGAUCUCCAGGUGAAGGUGUCCUUUCUUUACCCUACCAGUCCUACCUGGGCAGAGCUGAAGUGUCACAGUAUGUGUGAUCUAGCUGGUGACCCUCCCUACAUCUGGUUCAGGAAUCGACAGAAUGUAGGACAGAGAAUAAACUACUGGGAGUAUAUUCAGUCUGAAGGGAGCUAUUCAUGUGCUGUUGAAGGAUACGAACAUCUCCGCUCUCCUGUAGUGUGGCUUCAGGGUAAGGGGGACCGGACAGUUACUUACUCAUCUAGUAAUGUCUGUGCUUUAAGAGGAACAAAAGUUGACAUAAGUUUUACUUAUGAAUACCCUGACUACGUACAGUACCGCCCUAACACAGUCAAUACACUGUGGUUUACUAAAGGAGACAAGUAUCAGCCAGUUGAUCUGAAGCACAAUGCAGACUAUACAGGUCGUGCCGUAUACAGCUGUGAAGAGGUCAGCUGUACCGGGUCCAGAUGUCAUGGAACAUGUACCCUGAGAAUCAACGACCUGAGACAGAGUGACUCUGCUGUCUACAAGUUUAGAUUCACAACAAACCAACCAGGUGGGGAAUAUACUGGUGACCCUGGAGUGACGUUAUCUGUAACAGACCUCCAGGUGAAGGUGUCCUUUCCUGACCCUACCGAUCCUACCUGGACAAAGCUGGAGUGUCACAGUAUGUGUGGUCUAGCUGGUGACCCUCCCUACAUCUGGUUCAGAAAUGGAAAGAAGGGAAGACAGGGAGUGAACUACAAGGGCCACAUUCCGACUGGAGAGAACUAUUCAUGUGCUGUUGAAGGAUACGAACGUCUCAGCUCUCCUUCAGUGUACGCUCCAAAGACCCCCUCAGUGACCAUGAAUCCCUCUGGUGAAAUAAAGGAGGGCAGUUCAGUGACUCUGAGCUGCAGCAGUGAUGCCAACCCAGCAGCUAACUACACCUGGUUCAAGGUUAUAAAAGGUCCUUUCUCCACAAACUUGAACCAGGGACCAAAGCUUGUUUUUAAACAAAUCCUGACGUCAGACUCUGGACAAUACUACUGUCUAGUUCAGACUGAGCUAAGGCAAGCAUCUAACUGGAUCACUAUUCACAUGAAAUAUGGGCCUAAACACACUUCUGUUUGUUCAAAUCCUUCUGGUGAAAUAAAGGAGGGCAGUUCAGUGACUCUGAGCUGCAGCAGUGAUGCCAACCCAGUAGCUGAGUACACCUGGUUCAAGAACAACCAACCUCUGCUCUGGGAACCAAGUCAACCUCAUACCUUCCCCUCAGUCCGCCCUAAAGACAGAGGAACGUACCACUGUCAUGCAGAGAACAAAUAUGGACAACUGAGCUCUUACUCGAUAUUCUUAAAUGUUACAUAUUAUCCAAAUACCCCCUCAGUGACCGUGAGUCCCUCUGGUGAAAUAGAGGAGGGCAGUUCAGUGACUCUGAGCUGCAGCAGUGAUGCCAACCCAGCAGCUGAGUACACCUGGUUCAAGGAACAUGAAGACUCAGUGAAAGAAUCAGGACAGAACUACACCAUCACUAAUAUCACAUCUGAGCUUGGAGGAAACUAUUACUGCCAAGCACAUAAUGCAAUCGGAUAUCAUAAUUCCACCUUUCUGUUAAUUAAAGUUUGUAUUCAGUGUUUGAAAUCGACAUCACCAUCAUGGACAACAACAGUAGCUGUGCGAGGCAUUGUUGUCUUACUGGCCACCAUACUCCUCCUUGUCUUCCUCUGGAUGAGAAGAAAGAGGGCCUCCAGUAAAGCAUGUGGACAGGGAGGAAGGCCAGAUACUGUGGAGGAGCCACUUCCUGUUUCUGUGCGUGAAAACGUCUCAGCUCUGACCAAUCACUUGGCUCCUGCAGCACAGAGAGAACCGAUAGAAGAGCAGGAUGAACCUCACUAUGCCAGCGUCCACACCUCUCGCUCAGUUAACCAGGAAGUUCCUCGCUGUUGGGUUGGCUCUAAUGUCCAAUCAGACCAAGCAGAUGCUGUCUUUUAUUCUGUGGUCAACAUUAAGAGAGCAAACGCUGUCCCUGGAGAGAGUGACAAGACAGAGGCGGCAGAAACCUCAGAGUUGUACAGCACUGUCAAAAAACACCCCAGAUAUUGAAAGAGUUGUGGCAGCAGGAUUUAAAUAGUGGUACUAGGUAGAGUGUCUCAUCCAUUUAGUUUAACAGGACAAUACGCUUGCUGCAUUUAUUUUCUUCUUCAUUUUUUAAAUAGGGACAAUGCACAUCAAUUGACAUUUUUAGUUUACGCUCAAAAUGUAAAUGUAAAAUGUGCCAGAGUAAGCUAAAAAGCUAUGGUGCUUAAUAACCUGGACUGAUACAUGAUCUGAUGUCUCUUGAUUUUAUUUGACUUAUUUACUAGAUUGUGUAUGUUCCACUUGUGAUGGCCCCAGCGAGGCAACAUCUUAUCCAAGGCCUCUUGCUCUGUUGGUUAUAGCUCUGCUUCAUUGCUACCACCUGCUGGUUACCAGAUGUACUGCACCUGUGAGGUGUUGUCUUAACGAUACCAGCUGCUGGUGACCAGAAUGUACUGCAUCUGUGAGGGGAUGUCUUAAACGGUACGACCUGCUGUUUACCGGGAUGUACUGCACCUGUGAGGAGAGAUCUCUAGGGACAAUACCUGGCUGGGUUGGUUAGCUAAUCAUCCUUGCCGUCUCCUGGCUGCACUAAAAAAAUAUUAUAUUUACAGAGGAUUGCCCCUGCUCAUUAUCUUUUUUCACAUUUUAAUGAAGCAAAAAUGUACACCAACUCCUUGUGGGACCCAAACAGAACCUUGCAGAACUGAAUCUGAAUAAAUUGCUUAUGCUUAGA